UCUAAAAUUACCUGCCUCUCAGUGGUGUGGAGAGACUUAGUAGUGCUGGAGGUGCACUUUGAAAACCUCAGGUAAAAGGUGUGUAAUGAGGGGGUGUGGUCUCCCUCCCUGAUGGAGCGGGAGAGAGCCGCGAUCGCCCUCUGGUGAGCAGAGCCGGGACACCCAUGACCGCCCUGCCGGAAGCAGAGGGAUGGGACAGGAACUGGAAAUAUAAAAGUCAGGCCCUCCAGCUCAGUUGGAGCAGAAUUGCCAGAGGAGCAGGAUGUCUCCCCUCUGUUGCUGGAGCUCAGACCCGAUGGAGGCCACUACAGUGCCAGAGACCUGGAGGGACUGCUGGAGCUGCCAGGCACCGGGGACAGCGAGGAGCUGUUGGGCUGCCACUAGCCGUUUACCCCAGCAAGAGGAACGAUGACCCUGGAACGCAGGAUAUAUCGUUGCUCCAUAAUCUCUGGUUUGGCAGUCUGAUUGCUGCAGUGGAUCCUGUAGCCGUGUUAUCUGUGUUUGAAGAGAUACAUGUCAAUGAAAAGCUUCACAUUUUGGUUUUUGGAGAAUCGCUCCUAAAUGAUGCAGUUUCAGUGGUGCUGUACAAGCUAUUUAGAUCCUUUUGUGAAAUGUCAACAAUCAAAACUGUGGAUGUGUUUGCAGGAAUUGGGAAAUUUUUUGUGGUUGGAAUAGGAGGGGUCUUGGUAGGCCUUUUAUUCGGGAUGAUUGCUGCCUUUACCACACGAUUUACCAAGAAUAUCCGUGUAAUUGAACCCCUCUUUGUUUUCCUGUACAGUUACCUAUCCUAUCUCACUGCAGAAAUGUUUCACCUCUCUGGUAUUGUGGCUAUUAUUGCUUGUGCCAUGGGCAUGAAACGUUACGUGGAGGCGAAUAUCUCUCUAAAAUCUCACACUACAAUCAAAUACUUUAUGAAGAUGUGGAGCAGUGUUAGUGAUACCCUUAUCUUCAUCUUUCUUGGGGUCUCUACCAUUGGAGACAACCAUGAAUGGAGUUGGUCUUAUAUUUGCUUUACCGUCAUUUUCUGUCUUAUUUGGAGAGCACUAGGGGUUCUUGUAUUGACUUUCUUCGUGAACAGAUUACAUGUGAACACUGUUACCAGCAAGGAUCAGUUCAUUAUAGCAUAUGGGGGUCUUAGAGGCGCCAUCUGUUUCUCUCUGGUUUUCUUGCUCCCUGACUUCCCUAGAAAGAAACUCUUCAUUGCAGCCACAACUGUACUUAUUCUCUUCACUGUCUUUGUACAGGGAAUGACCAUCCGUCCUCUCGUUGACUUAUUAGAUGUGAAGAGGAAAAGAGAAAGUGCACCCACGGUGGGGGAACAGAUUCAUAUCCGGUUCUUGGAUCAUUUGCUCGCUGGCAUAGAAGAUAUAUCUGGACACUGGGGACAGUAUUACUGGAAAGACAAACUGGAAUAUUUUAACAGCAAGUAUCUUCAGAAGUUCCUACUCCGAGAGUAUGACCAGCCAAAAUCAAGUAUUGUGCUGCUCUACGAAAAGCUAGAGAGGAAACAUGCCAUUGAGUUAGUAGAAGCAGGGCAGUUAAUUCAUGAGCCGUCCCAUUCAUCUUUGCUAGGCAGCCACAGGUCUGCCGUAAUGGCCAAAGAAUCGGACUCUCUGAAUCCAGAUGUGCUGGAAAAUAUACAGAAAAUAUUGGCGAGGAACCUAUACAAAAUAAGGAGAACAGUGCCAGCAUAUAACAGGCAUACGCUUCCUGGAGAGAGUGGGACAGCAGAGGAGGCAAAGGAGAUCCUGAUUCUCAGACACAGGAGCCUUCGAAUCCAUAUGAACAGAAGUGACUCUGGUCACUCUAGAAAGGAGAAGGAUGACUCCUAUUCUGCACAUCAUGGACCUGACACAAAGCCUAAAUUGCACCGGUCCUUAACUGUAGGGGAUGCAGAAAAAGUACCAGGUAUGAAAUGCAACCGAUCAAAGUCUAUGACCUUCAGCUCCCCUCUACAGCCUGGCAGCACUGAAUUGGUUAAUGAAGAAGAAACAGGAAAAGGAUCACAUGCAGAAAUAGAAAUAUACACAAAGGAGUGAUAGAGAGCGAAAGAAGUUUGCUGGACUGAGGUUCUCUUGCCCACAGCCACUGCACGUCUGCUGAGAACAGACUCAAAAACCUGCUCAAGGUGAAAUGAGAACUAAUCCAAGUGUUUGUCCGUGCCAUGAAGCAAACCUGGACUAUUCCCCUGAGAGAAGUCUCCCACCUCUUUCUUUUUGGUCAUGGUAACCUCAUGGUAACAGUCUCGGGGUUCCCAGGAAUGAUUCAUAGCACCUGGGAAGCUCCAAAUCCUGCAUCAGUAACAGGAGAAUACCAGCACACAAUCACUUACAUAGAUGGAGCUAGGCUAGCACUAUUUCUGCUGGAGGAAAGGCGGCAAAGCCUCUCUCAGAAGAUUUCCGCUCCUGCUGCUGCUCUUGGGGCCUAGGGACAAAGAAAGCCUGAGUGAGGAGGCUCUUCUCAAAAUAUUUUUGGAAGAGAAAAGUCCUCAGAGGCUCUGCUAAAAAGUGCUUCUGUCAGGGAAGGAACGGGGAUAUCCUCCUCAUAGCACAGGCAGCGGUUAAGGGGAGAGUUUAAGGGGCAGGGUGUGAAGAUAGAGGAAGUGGGAAACCUCGAUAUUUUGGGCAAUUCUUAGAUACUCACCCAAACCUUGGAGUUUUGCUUUGCCAAAUCAAACCAAAUCUCCAAAUAUAUUAGGUUCACCCAUCACUAACAUCAGUCCUUUUCCUUCUCUGCCUAUUAAUCUGCAUAAUAGAAGGUAUGGGAAGUUUAACAAAACACAAGUAAAUAAAUAGAUCCUUUAUGAAAAAAAUAUAAAGAAUGUACCAAAGACCUCAGUCCUCUUCUACAUGGCACAAUUGGACUUUCACAGUCUUUAUCCUCUAUGUACAGUAAUAUUCCACUGGGAAACACUGUACCGCUAAACCAGAUGCAUAAUUCAUUUUUUAGUUAAUCACACCUUACUGAUUAUAAUUAUUUUUCAAAGAUUUGGGGCCUGUUUCUCAUUACGCUAAGGCCCUUUCACAGUGAUCUGGCAGUGAAAAAGGCAUGAAAGCAGACAUAAAUAGACUUAAUUUACUUCCUUUUAAGGCCCCUUUUUUACACUACCCGAGCCGUAUAAAAUGGCCUUAAUGCAAAUAAGAAUCUGACACUUUAGCUUUAAUUUAAUUAGGAUCUGCUUUAUAUUUUAUUUUAUAUAUAUGGUGUGUGUCUAUAUAGCUGGAGUAUGCAGUCAUAGGAGAAAAAGAGGGGGUUAGUGGGUUACAGAUUGUUGUAUGCAGUGUUAACGGGCCACUCUACCUUGAAUGGUCCCUUAUAAUAUGUUCUAACUACUUAUGCUAAACAAACUGUUCCACCUUGCAUUCUGUUGUGAUGACCGGAAGAAGAUCUCUGUGUGGCUCGAAAGCUUGUCUCUCUCACCAACAGAAGCUGGUCCAGUAAAAGAUAGUACCUCACCCACCUUGUCUCUCUAAUAUCCUGGGACUGACAUGGCUACAACUACACUGCUUUGUUUAUUGACACUAGUAAUCAUGUACAUGUGCAUGUGAGAAGAGAAGAAUCAGAAAGCUAACAUUUUGAAGGAAGCAUGUUCAUUUACAACUGAUAUCUCUGUUUUGAUUCAUUAGUGAUUUAAUUUUAAUAGAUAGUGAGUUCCGCCUUAUUAUUUACCUAUAGUUUAUUUUUUGCAUUGUUUAAAUUACUGUUUACAUUUUACAUUGUAUGUAUAAUUAUAUAAAGAUUUACCAAGGUGGACAUUUUCAGUUUCUUUAUCUGGAGAGCAGAAAUGCAGAGAAUUCGGUGUUUGAGCCAAAAAAUGUUGGAACCGAAGAAUGGAAACUUUUGGAACCCUUUGGCUGAUUGAUUGGUAUCUGUAGUGGUGACCGUAUCAUCUUUAUUUCUUGUGAGGUACCUACCACAUUUUUGGGUACUUGGAUAAAAAAAUAAAGAAUGACUUUUUUCUUUUAAA